ACAGGCAUGAGAAGCACGUCAUUCACUCUCGCUCCGCACCAGGCGACCUGUAGCCAGGUGUUGUAGUGUGGGUUCACGGGGCGUUGUAUGAGCAAGAGGCAGUGCUGACAUAUAAGGUUAGCUUGAUCCCGAGCGACCGAAAUUAAACAAAAUGAAAACUGUAUACCCCAACAACAAGAUGUUGAAAAAGAAAUUUCUAUACAUCCUAGGUCUGGCCUUCGGGAUCUACCUACUUCUUCGGUACUUCCCGACUUUUGAAAUUCCAGGUAUGCCUUCAGAUCUGGCGGCUACCAGCAGAAAAGAAGCGGCAGCACCAGCAGCAGACACAGUCAUUGUCCUGAACCAGCAGACCGGGAAAAACGAAACCAAAGAAUUGUGUGUCGUCCGCGAGUACGAUUUUAAGGGCGCCUCAGCAGACGAUCCGCAACUCGUCACGUACAUUCGAAAACAGCUGCUGGAGCCGCCUUCUCUCAGCCCCUACCACCUCAGCGACCCGAACAAAGUACACUUCUCCCAGUAUGGCCAGUCGAAGUACGCUGCUGAGGAAAUCCUUCGUGGGAUGAGAGGCGGGUUCUUCAUAGAAGCAGGAGCUCUGGACGGGGAAUACCUGAGCAACACCCUCUACUUCGAGAGAGAACUAGGCUGGAGAGGCCUUUUGAUCGAGCCGCAUCCCGAAGCCUAUCAACAGCUGCGCCAAAAACACAGGAAUGCCUUUGUCAUGAACGUGGCUCUUUCGACCACGCCCGAGGCUACAGAGAUCAGUUUCGUCUUAGACCCGAAGUACAACGAGCUGAGCCACAUAGGAGAGAAAGGUGUCAAGGUCAUCGGGGUGCCCUUCUACUCGAUCCUUCUCGCCCUGGAGGUCAAGGUCGUGGAUUUUUUGUCGCUCGAUGUGGAGGCCUUUGAAAUGAAGAUCCUCCAGACGAUUCCCUGGGACAAAGUGAGGUUCCGUCUGAUGUGCAUCGAGGUCGACCACAUCCCGGAGGGCGUCGAGUACCUGAAGAAGUACCUGACAGAGAGAGGCUACGAAUUUCUCGGGGUCAGGGACGUUGACGCUUGGUUCGGGUGGCCCAGCCUCUUGGAGGAGACCAAGAAGCCUCGAUGAAGCCUUGAUUGAAGCCUUCUGUUCAUUAGAGUCUGUUGUUAGGCUGUUGUUAGACUUUUUCUUAAGUCUGUGAGGCAUAUAGGUUUUAUAAAUGGUUUGUUAUAAGAGAGACAGGGUAGCUUCUGAAAGAGUAUUUUUAUAUGUAGGUAAGGCACUUGCAAUUCAAAGUUUAAAGUUUAUCCACAGAU